AUGCAAGCUUGGAGUCAACGCUGGGAGUCAACGAGACUCAUCCUGACGUUGAAACUGAUCCACCCAGGAACCAAUCUGCGCACAGGUUGGCAAAAAAUCGAUGUCAUGGUUGAUGAUGGUUCGAGCGCCCACAGUGCUUCUACGCGUCUUGAGCGCGUCAAGUUGCUCGCGAAGGUCAGACAUGACGCAGAAAAGCAACAGAAACGUCGGAAAGACUAG